CGUCCGAGGCUUCACUGCAGCGAGCGACACAGCCAGCGUAAACAGCCAGCGAGGAGAUAUUUGACGUAAUUUCAUCUGCGGUUGUCAUGCAGGAUAACAGGAAUGGAAUGAUGCCAUUCCCACCACCCAUCAGCAGAGACAGGGUUAUCUGGGAAUUCCCAAAGUGCUACAGACCUGAGGCCUCUCUACAGCCGAGGAAAGACUGGGACCUUCAGGUUAAAGCAGCCUGUAAAGACAGAGCGGCCAGGCAUCAGCCGUGGGACCGACAGAAAAUGUCAAAAGUGGUGGUGGUUGGAGACCUUAAUGUGGGGAAGACCUGCCUCAUUAAUAGGUUUUGUAAAGAUGUAUUUGAAAGAGACUACAAGGCCACCAUAGGUGUGGACUUUGAGAUUGAGAGGUUUGAGAUAUCUGGAGUACCGUUCUCCCUUCAAAUCUGGGAUACAGCUGGGCAGGAAAAAUUCAAGUGCAUCGCUUCAGCAUACUACAGAGGCGCUCAGGUCAUUAUCACAGUCUUUGACAUGGCAGACAUCAAGUCCCUUGAUCAUACACGGCAAUGGUUGGAGGAGGCCAUGAAGGAAAAUGAACCUGACUCCUGUUUCAUCUUCUUGGUUGGUACAAAGAGUGACCUGCUGCCCUCAGAGGAAAGACAGAGGACAGAAAAAGAUGCCAUUAGGAUAGCAACAGACAUGCAUGCAGAGUUUUGGGCUGUUUCGUCUAAAACAGGGGAGAAUGUGCAGGGGUUUUUCUUCAGGGUGGCAACUUUGGCCUUUGAGAAGUGCAUACUGAAGGACAUGGAGAAUGGGAUCCCAGCUAGCAUCGGAUGUGGAGAUAUCAAGUCAGAUCGUGCCAACCUGGAGGAGGCUGCACCGCAAGACAUGAAGAGGAGCUGCUGCUGAUGAAAAGAGGAACUGUUAAUGAGAGAGGAACCAGACAGAGGCUCUUUUCUGAGCUUCAGCAGCAGAAAUGAAAGUGGCUGACAAUGCUCCACUAGACUGAAAUGUGCCUUAGGACAUGCUCCAUUAGGUUCUUGAGUCAUCAAAACUGCCAUGUAUUCUUCCCUUUGCAAAAGGUUCAACCAGUAUGUGUUCCUUAAAGCCGACUGACCCUUCCUAAGCCCCGCCCCUUUUGCUUUGUUCUCCAAUAACAGUUGAGCAAGCCUCGGUCAGAACCUCAGUUGACUUCCCUCUUUCCUGUACUUAGAUAUACUAUUGGCUAGGCAUGUCUAUGUUAAAGACAACCACAUUUUAAAUACGGUUAAAAGAUAAAAGCGACAUACCAUAUAUAGUCACAUCUUAAAAUAGCUAAUAUUAGCAAAAAGUUAAGCUAACUAGCUCACAAGAAUUUAUGUAACGUUAAAUUGGCUAGAUAGUAAGCUAGGGUUUUUCUAACACAGCUUUUCUAGCUUUUAAAUGUAACUUACUAAAUAAUGGUUGUUGUAGAUUAGCUAGCUUGUUGCUAACGUUUUGUUAACAUUAGCUGUGACUAUAUAUAUUUAGCGUCUUCCAAAUGUUGAUUUCUCAACAUAGAUUAGCCUAGCACACACCACAUAUCUAAAUAUAGAAAAGGAGAAAGUUGGUGGAGGUUAUAACGCAUGCUUGCUCAACUCUUAUUGGAGCACAGAGCAAAAACGGAUGGGGUAGAAAGGAUCAAUUGUUAUUGGGUGCUGAUAUGAAAUCUAAUGAAUCUGACCAUUUUUAUGAGAUAAAAGUUUAAAAAAAGUUGCAGUGUUUCAUCCAGAAUAUGAUUUUUUUCUCUCAGAACAUUUAGACCAUGGGGAAUCCAAGAUGAAGUACUAUAUGAUGACAAUAACAAAUCUGAUCAUUGUGUCUAAUUGCAAUCAGUUGAGUUCACAUCUUCUCAUGUAGUAUUAGUCAAUAAUAUCUGUGAGAUACAAACUCUACUAUGACCAUAAUUUUCAGAGGUGGACAGGCAGACCAGACUAAUCUGGGACAGGCCAAUAUUGCCCCUACGUACGGAUACUUUUCUUUGCUCCUGUCAUAGUGUUUGUUUUAAUAUACAGUAUUGUUGUGGAAUAUGCCUUGCCCAUUAUUGUGGUUUGUAUACAGACAAGAGUUUAAUGAAUGUUUAUAGGCAAGGAAACCAAAUGUUUAUGUUAAUAAGGGCCACAACAUUAUAAUGUAAUUUUUUAAUAAUAUGUUUAUUCAAUUGAGCAAUAGCAGGUGAUAGCAGCUGUGCAUUUAUGACACUAGUAUUGUUGUUAAAGCAUAUUCAUAUGUA